AGAUGACUGAUAAGCAGGUGUGUUUCGGUGUCCCUGCACAUUGGUCGCGCAGCAUAAAAUAACAACGGCACCCCAAGUUUGUUCUAAGAGUAGACCCUCUACAAACUCCUUUCUCUUCAUCAACAUGUCGGCCGGUACUACGUCGAAUAGCAACGAGGGCCACCUCCAGCCACGGCUGUCGGGGUUGACCAUGGUUGCAAUGGCCUUUGCCAUUCUGAACACAUGGAUUGCUCUUGCAGGAUCAAUCGGGCUUAUCCUGCCGUCUGGAGGCGCCGUAUCGCUGUUGUACGGGUUCCUCUUCUGCGUGUUGUGCAACUUUGCACUCACCGCCAGCCUGGGCGAGAUGGCCGCCAUCUGGCCAACCUCUGGUGGCCAAUACCACUUCGUCUAUGCUCUGUGCACGGAUAGGUGGAAUCGAUUGAUGAGCUUCUGGGUCGGCUGGACCAACAUUGCCGGCUGGUUGGUUGUGGUCACAGUCCAGGCCUUUUUCGCAGCUCAAUUCGUCUGCGCCGCCGCCGUUGUGGCUUCGAACGAGAGAUAUACAAUCACGGCAUGGAGCACUUAUCUCAUCUUCUUGGCCAUCAUCGUCUUCUCCACUGUGGGUAAUAUCUGGGGCAACAGAAUACUGGGACGAUGGAACGACCUGGCUUUGCUCUGGUCAAUCCUCGGUGUUGUAAUCAUCGGCAUUGUGCUCCUCGCCAUGUCGGAAAAGACCGAUGCGACUUACGUCUUUACCGACUUUAACAACGAAACCGGUUGGUCCGACGGCAUGGCUUGGAUCCUUGGUCUACUUCAGUCGGCGCUGUCACUCAUCGGGUUCGAUGUUGUUCUGCACAUGGCUGAAGAGAUGCCUAACCCUGCGCGAGACGCACCCCGAGCUAUGAUCUAUGCCAUCGCUGUAGGAGGGGUCACUGGUACUGCCUUCAUCUUGAUCAUCCUGUUCUGCCUCGUGGACCCCACAGCCAUCGUUUCGUCACCUACUGGAAUGCCUAUCGUCGAACUCAUCCACCGAGCGACAGGGAGUCGCGCAGCAGCGACUAUAUUGACAUUGAUGCUGGGUAUUUGUUUCAUCAACGGCACCAAUGCAAGCAUGACGAGCGCCAGUCGACUUUUGUACGCGAUGGCACGAGACAAGGGUAUCGUUUUCCACCAGUACUUCUCGCAUAUCCACCCCAGUCUCAAUGUCCCAGUGCGCACUAUUCUUGUCUGCUUCUUCUUCAACGUCGCAUUUGGCCUGCUCUACUUAGGUCCGACUGUCGCCUUUAGUGCUUAUGUGGCAUCAUGCACGAUCCUUUUGAACGUAUCAUACGCCUUCCCCAUCAUCACGCUUCUCAUCAGAGGCAGAAAGAUCCUGGAGCAGCACCAAACAAAUGAAACACCCUUCAAGCUUGGUAAAUGGGGCUAUGCCAUCAACUGGACUGCCGCCCUGUUCGUGGUUGUGACCUCAGUCUUUUUCUGCUUUCCUGCUAGUCUCCCAGUCUCGGGAAACACAAUGAAUUAUGUCUCCGCCGUGAUUGGGAUCUUCUUCCUCGUGAUCGGAAUCUACUGGCUCAUCUAUGGACACAGGUUUGAAGGCCCGAAAUUCGACGUUAUUCUUGGGGAGCAGGCGGACAAUGCAACGGCUAGAAGCCAUUCUCUAACGGUAUCCCUCAACGAAAAGGAGGUGGCAGCGAGGGAUGAUAACGUAUGACGGGUUUGGAAAGUCUAGGUCGUUGAAAAUGGACCGAUAAGGAAUUGAGAAUGUUAUCGUAGUUUUAUACCUUAAUGGCCUUAUAAGGGUUUAUUCUUCUCUGACGACCGUUGGGAAAUGUAAAUAUCGCAAUCAAGAGUGCCCAGCUGCACCAGCAAAGGUGCGCCUUCUCCUUUG